UUCGCUUUGGAGACCGGAAGGCGCGUGAGGCUCUCGACCGCGCGCAUCAGACGCUUCAGCCUCCGCUUCAGCCUCACCUCCGAGUCCGCACCAUGGCUCUGCUCAGCUUCAGCGGCUAUAGACCUGACUCCAGACCCUAUGGACCCUCCGUUGGGGGGGCCCGGAGCCUCACGGACCGAGCCAGUCACUACACCUUCGGGACCAGGUCUCCGGAGCUGGCCCUCCCGCUGGGCCUGGACACCGCAGGCUUCCUGGCGCGCUGCGGCCGGGCCGGGGGUCCGGAGGCCCCGGGGGGCAUCGAGCUGAACCACGGGACCACCACGCUGGCCUUCAAGUUCCGCCACGGGGUGAUCGUGGCGGUGGACUCCAGGGCGUCGGCGGGCAGCUACAUCGCGUCCAAGGAGGCGAACAAGGUGAUCGAGAUCAACCCCUUCCUGCUGGGGACCAUGUCAGGAAGCGCUGCCGACUGCCAGUACUGGGAGAGGCUGCUGGCCAAGGAGUGCAGGCUGUAUGAGCUGAGGACCAGCAGGAGGAUCUCAGUGUCUGCUGCCUCCAAGCUGCUCACCAACAUGAUGCUGGGCUACAAGAACAUGGGGCUGUCCAUGGGCAGCAUGAUCUGUGGCUGGGACCAGAAGGGUCCUGGUCUCUACUAUGUGGACGACAACGGCUGCCGCCUCUCGGGGGCCAUGUUCUCCACGGGCUGCGGCAACAGCUACGCCUACGGUGUGAUGGACAGCGGUUACCGUGACGACCUGACGGUGGAGGAGGCGUGUGAGCUGGGCCGGCGUGGCAUCGCCCACGCCACGCACCGCGACGCCUACUCCGGGGGCGUGGUCAACGUGUACCACAUGAAGGCGGACGGCUGGGUGAAGGUGUGUAAGGAGGACGUCUCAGAGCUGAUCCACAGAUACAGGAAGGACAUGUUCUGACCUCUGACCUCCCACCUGGAGCCCCAUGUGACCCGGCCAGAGGACGGGCUCCUGAUCAGCUCUCAUCAUCACAUCACUCAUGAUCACCGAACGUCGUGUCCAGGAAUGUUUUAAUAAAGCGCAGAGAGCAGAA